GAUGGGAGGAGGAGAGGAAGUGGAGAGGGAGAGUAAAAGAGGGAGGGGGAAGAGAUGAUGCAAAAAAACUGAAACGCAAUCUGAAUCAUCCCUCCUCAACUUCGUGUGUGCGCACUCCCAAAAACACACGCAGGAGCACACAUCCUGUUAGGCUGGUUGCUGCGACCUGGAGUAAAGCAUGGUUUCAUGUCAGCGCUGACGUGAAGGCAUGUUCAGAGCCUGGAGACACAUGGAGCCAGUGUUGCAUUCUGCGUAUUGGAGUGGAUGACGCCUGUUGAUCAGCGUGUGGAUGCAGCACUGGAGCUGGGUAAGAGGAAGAAGGACUUGUAUGUCAGAGUUGUAGGAUGGCCAGUGAAGCCUCCACUCUUCCCAGUCCUGUUGUCCGCCAGAUCGACAAGCAGUUCUUGAUCUGCAGCAUAUGUCUGGACCGCUACGAAAACCCCAAAGUACUGCCCUGCCUACACACCUUCUGUGAGAGGUGUCUUCAGAAUUACAUCCCGGCCCACAGCCUCACUCUGUCGUGCCCCGUGUGCCGCCAGACCUCCAUCCUGCCGGAGAAAGGUGUGGCGGCAUUACAGAAUAACUUCUUCAUCACCAACCUGAUGGACGUGCUGCAGCGAGCGCCGGACAGCUGCAGCCAGGAGGCCGCGGCUCUCAACGACAUCACCACUGUGGCUGCUGCACAACUGCUCUCCUGCCCCAACCAUGGAGGCAACGUCAUGGAGUUUUACUGUCCGCCUUGUGAGACGGCCAUGUGUCAGGAGUGUACGAGUGGGGAACAUGGAGAACACCCAACCGUGCCUCUUAAAGACGUGGUGGAGCAACACAAGGCAUCAUUACAGGACCAGCUAAACUCCGUCAAGAAGAGGUUGCCAGAGAUCGACUCCGCACUGCAGAUGCUGUCAGAGAUCCUGCAGCAGCUGACCAAUCAAAAGAGUUCUAUUGAGGACAACAUCCAUACUACCUUUGAUGAGUUGCAGAAGACUCUGAAUGUCCGCAAGAGCGUUUUACUGAUGGAGCUGGAGGUCAACUACGGCCUCAAGCAGAAGGUGCUCCAAGCCCAGCUGGACACUCUGCUGCAGGGCCAGGACGGCAUCAACAGCAGCUGUAACUUCACGGAGCAGGCGCUGAGCCACGGCACCGAGGCCGAGGUGCUGCUGGUGAAGAAGCAGAUGAGCGAGCGUCUCGUGGAGCUGGCCAGCCAGGAGCUUCCCCUGCAGCCCGGGGAGAACGACCAGCUGGACUUCAUCGUGGAGACGGAUGGGCUAAAGAAGUCCAUCCACAACAUGGGCACCAUUUUGACGACAAAUGCAGUGGCCUCUGAGACUGUGGCGACAGGUGAAGGGUUACGCCACUGUGUUGUAGACGUCCCCACCUCCAUCACCAUCACCACUAAGGACAAAGACGGAGAGCUGUGUAAGAUGGGCAACGCCGUCAUCACUGCUGAAAUGUCCUCAGCUGAUGGAAGCAAAGGUGAAGGGGAGAUACUGGACAACAAAAAUGGCACUUAUGAGUACCUGUUCUCAGCCCCUAAAGAGGGGACUUUUAAUCUAUCACUGCGUUUGUACGACCAACACAUUAAAGGGAGCCCCUUUAAAAUAAAGGCCACCAAAUCCGUUGAUGUAUCGCAAAGUUCAGACAGCAUGAAGAAGAGGCUGAAGUCUCCGGGCAGCAGCCACAUCAAGCAGAAGGCCAUCAAGAGGCCGGCCAGUAUGUACAGCACGGGGCGGAGGAAAGAAAACCCCAUCGAGGACGACCUCAUCUUCAGAAUAGGCACAAAAGGAAGAAACAAAGGGGAGUUCACUAACCUGCAGGGAGUGUCUACCUCUGCUCUGGGGAAGGUGCUGAUAGCAGACAGCAACAACCAGUGUGUGCAGAUUUUCACAAAUGACGGCCAGUUCAAAAGUCGUUUUGGUAUCCGCGGCCGGACUCCGGGUCAACUGCAGCGACCGACAGGAGUGGCCAUCCACCCGAACGGUGACAUCAUCAUCGCAGACUACGACAACAAAUGGGUCAGCAUCUUUUCAAGUGAAGGCAAGUUCAAGAGCAAGAUUGGCUCGGGGAAGCUGAUGGGCCCUAAAGGCGUGUCGGUGGACAGGAACGGUCACAUCAUCGUGGUCGACAACAAGGCCUGCUGCAUCUUCAUCUUUCAGGUCAACGGCAAGCUGGUCACAAAGUUCGGUAACCGUGGCAAUGGUGACCGGCAGUUUGCAGGUACACUCAACGGGCCACACUUUGCUGCUGUCAACAAUAAAAAUGAAAUCAUUGUGACAGAUUUCCACAACCACUCAGUCAAGGUGUUCAACACUGAAGGAGAGUUCUUGCUGAAGUUUGGUUCUAAUGGUGAGGGCAACGGCCAGUUCAACGCCCCCACAGGAGUGGCAGUGGAUGUCAAUGGAAACAUCAUCGUGGCAGACUGGGGCAACAGCAGGAUACAGGUGUUUGACGGCAGCGGUUCCUUCCUGUCUUACAUCAACACCUCAGCCGACCCUCUGUACGGUCCUCAGGGACUCGCUCUCACCUCUGAUGGACAUGUUGUGGUUGCAGAUUCGGGCAACCACUGCUUCAAAGUCUACCGCUACCUGCAGUAGCCUUCCUCUCUCAGCGCACAAAACUGUACAGUGUACAUAAACACACAGGCACUCAUUCGUGUGGAGCGACUGGCAGAUUUGCACUUACCCAUUCAUCUCUGAAUCAUGCUGUCGUUGUGCCAUCUGUGUGACGUGACAUCCUGUUUGACCUCCAACGCUGAAGAAACAGAAUUGUUUGUGAGAGGAUCCAAAAUAUUCACAGAUGUCUGCUACUGAUUGAUGCUUUGAGGGGUCAUCCAUAAUCUUUUUCACAUUCCAUCUUCAUAAAGAUACAACAUUUUAGUAUUUUAUGUUAGACCUUUGAUUUGCUGUGAUAUGGCAGAAAAACUGGAAAAUAAUGCAAUUGCACUCAGUCUUAAACAUACUGGUUGGACACUGUGUUUAGUACAAUUGAAAUUAAAGUAAAUGUGUAUUUUAGUCAUCAGAAAAUGGGAAUUUUAUUUAUAGUGGUGUUCUGUCUAAUGCUCUUAACAGUCCUCACAUUUUGCCUGUUAGCUAUAAAGGAGAAAUAUUUCACCUACUGUAGGUAGAAGGGUAUUUAAAGCAUGAUUAGACAUCGUUGAGCAUGCUGCUUUUACUAAUAAACACCAGAAGAGCUAAUGUGCACAAUAUAUUCAUAUGUUACAAGCUGGCAACACAAUCACCUAAACAAACUUUGAAUGGAAUCAUUGUUUCAAUUGUAAUACUUUAUUGAUGUGUGAAAAUUAAGUCAAUGUAAUUUGUCAUCACUUAAAACACACGUGUGGUUAUUACAGUAUGCUGGUAACAAAGACACAUACAGUACUAUAGUGUGUUUGUGUGAUUGUGUUGUGAUCAGUUAAGGUAUAAAACAAAAGCCACUUGACAUGUUGACUUACAAAUAUGCUGUGAUUAUGUGCAAACAUCAUUUUGUUUAUUGCGGAAUUUGAGUAAAUAACAAAACAUGUUUAGAUAGACUCAGUCCUCAGAUGCAUCAAUGUAAAGGUUUGCUCAUCAUGUUGCAAUAGGCAGCUUUAAUUAAACAUUAAAACAUCAUUAAGCAGGGCUGCGAUCAUCUCACUCCUAUCCAUGUUCUCUCAUGUCUUACAAACAUUUCUAAAACCACUAACAUGUUGUAGUAAAAACAAUUUGAUCCUCAAAAAAGGAUGUAAUAUGUAUUCCAACAGUUUUGGUGUAUGUUGUACAAAAUGCACUGUGCUCCUAUAGCCCUAGCACGGUUUUCAGUACUUGUUAUCCUGAAUUUGGUCAUCCAUUUUCUACAAAAUCCUGUUAAAUUAUUUGUUGUCAUUUUGUCUUGUUUUUAUUUGUAAUGCCAAAUGGAAUUAAAGUGCCCAUAAGAAAUAA